CCAGCCCAGAGUUGUGUGCCACUCACCCGACGUUUUCCCUGUGUAUAUGAACCCGAUUACCUGAGCAACUCAAGUCAUUCCCGUUUGCAGCGUGAAACAGUCAACAUUACCCUCUCUCAGCUCUACCCUGGGAAACGUUUUUAUUGCUCUUUAUACACUUGUAUUUCGAAAGGAACAGCUGUGAAAUGUGCGGAAUCUUUGCUUAUCUGAAUUACCUGACGCCCAAGACCCGGCGUGAAAUCAUCGAGACUCUUAUCAAAGGUCUUCAACGACUCGAAUAUCGCGGAUAUGAUUCGGCUGGAAUUGGUGUCGACACCGCAGACUCUACUGGGAUGAACUUGAUUAAAAAGCGCGGCAAAGUCAAGGCCCUGGAAGACGAGAUUGCCUCGAUGGAAGAUCAACUGGAUUUCGAUCACGUUCACGAGACCCACUGCGGCAUUUCUCACACCCGUUGGGCCACUCACGGAGUCCCUAACGAGGUCAACUCUCAUCCCCAUCGUUCGGACGAGAGCAACGAGUUCAUUGUCGUCCACAACGGAAUCAUCACCAACUACAAGGACAUCAAGAAGUUUUUGGAGAACAAGGGAAACAAGUUUGAGUCGGAGACCGACACUGAAAUCAUUGCCAAGCUCAUCAAGCACAUCUACUCUCAACAUCCGACUUAUUCCUUCAGGGAGUUGGUGGAGCAAGUCAUUCAGCAGCUCGAAGGUGCCUUCUCUCUGUGUUUCAAGAGCGUUCAUUUCCCAGGCGAAUGCGUUGCCACCCGACGUGGAAGCCCCUUGUUGGUCGGUAUCAAGUCCAAGUCUCGACUGGCCACCGAUCACAUUCCCGUCCUGUACAGCAAAGAUGCACGGAUUGACCUGAAAAUUUUCGCAGAGAUCGAAAGCAAACAUGUUGUUCCAGAUCAUCGCCCCGUUGGAUUCGAAAUGCCGUGCUUGCCGCGUGUCGACUCGACCGCCGAGUUCCACACUAGCAACGAGAACGAGGAAGUCGAAUAUUUUUUCGCUUCAGAUGCUUCGGCCAUCAUCGAACACACCAACCGCGUCAUCUUCCUCGAGGAUGAUGAUGUGGCCGCAGUCAAGGAUGGUGUUCUCAGUCUGCAUCGCCUCAAGAGGCUGUUGGAGGAUUCACACGCUCGUGAGAUCACCACCCUCAAGAUGGAGAUCCAGCAGAUCAUGAAGGGAAAUUACAGCUCUUUCAUGCAGAAGGAGAUUUUCGAACAGCCGGAAUCGGUUGUCAACACUAUGCGUGGUCGCGUUAACUUUGAAAAUGGAACCGUCAUUUUGGGUGGCAUCACGGAUUACAUCCCCGAAAUUCGUCGUUGCCGACGCUUGUUGUUGAUUGGCUGCGGCACUAGCUACCACAGCGCCAUUGCCACUCGCCAAUUGCUGGAGGAGCUGACGGAAUUGCCCGUUAUGGUUGACCUGGCCUCAGACUUCCUGGAUCGCAAUACCCCCAUUUUCCGUGACGACGUCUGCUUCUUCAUUUCGCAAUCGGGUGAGACGGCCGACACUUUGUUGGCUCUCCGCUACUGCAAGGCCCGUGGCGCUCUGAUUCUCGGCGUGACCAACACGGUGGGCUCUUCCAUUUGCCGCGAGUCGCAUUGCGGUGUCCACAUCAACGCCGGCCCCGAGAUCGGUGUGGCUUCCACUAAAGCCUACACGUCCCAGUUUAUUUCUCUGGUCAUGUUCGCUUUGAUGAUGUGCGAGGACCGCAUUUCCGUUCAGCCGCGACGAGCUGAGAUUAUUCAAGGUUUGAAGCAUUUGGCUGAUCAAAUCAAGGAAGUGCUCGCCAAUGACGACAAGGUGCUCGAAUUGGCCAAAGCCAUCUAUCAAAACAAAUCCAUGUUGGUCAUGGGUCGAGGCUGGAACUACGCAACCUGUUUGGAAGGUGCUCUGAAAAUCAAAGAGUUGACGUACAUGCACAGCGAAGGUCUUUUGGCUGGUGAAUUGAAACAUGGACCGUUAGCUCUCGUUGAUAAGACGAUGCCAUUGAUCAUGAUCGCCACCCGCGAUCCCGUCUACGUCAAAUGCAUUAACGCCCUUCAGCAAGUGACAGCCCGCGAGGGUCGCCCCAUAAUCGUCUGCGAGAAGGGCGAUUUGGAGACGCAGAAAUACGCCUCGCAAUUCGUCGAAGUGCCGCACACUGUCGACUGCCUCCAAGGAAUCCUGACGGUGAUUCCCAUGCAAUUGCUCUCUUACCACAUCGCCGUCCUCCGUGGCUGCAAUGUCGACUGUCCCCGCAACUUGGCCAAGUCGGUCACUGUCGAAUAAAUAAGAAAGGUGAGAGAGAGAUGAGGGUGUCGUCGACAAGCCCCUUUUUGGGCUCUUGGACGUUCCUUCGUGAUCCUGUUUUGCUCAGAAGCGCCUCUCUUUUUAUUCCCUACUCUCCCACAUACAAAUUUCUUCCACAUUUUUGCAUUUCCUCCCGUUAGCUUUACUUGCCCUCAAUUUUUUAAUUCUUUCAUUUUCGUACAUUUUCUAUCGAGUGACAUUUUUUAAAGGUUCAAAAAUCGGAACAGCUAAAUUUCUAGCGGGAAUUUGACACACAAAAAAAUAUUGAAAGCUAUAAUAGUAUAUUUCGGCAGCGAAUAUUCUUCCAAAAAAAUACGUUUCGAGCAUUUAAUUUCUGUAAAUAUUUCACACAUUUUUUUUUACAAAAUAUUUUUGGACGGACCGAGUGGGAUUGUGUUGAAAGAAAGAUCCAACUGGGGACGGAAUUUCGAGACAUAUUUUUAAAUUGGUCGAUUUUAUAAAAGAGAGACUGUUUUUAAUUCAUUUGUAUUUUUCUCCCUUUUUUUAAAAAAUGUCCCUUCAUUCCGUCGAGAGUGAUGAUGUAUCCCCACCCCCAAUUCGUACUUCAUCCCUUUAAAUGACAAAAAAAGGAAAAGCACUCGGUCUUGUGCUGCAGUUUUGUCCAUUUUAUCCUUUCUUUGAAUAUUGUGCUAUUUUGCAUUCCUCUUUCUUCCUUCGAUUUUUUUAUAUCAUAGUUUUUCUCCCCAAUAUUUGACGGUGGGUUGUUUUCGUAAUACAACGGUUAUAUGGUCAA